UAAGCCACCGACUUCCUCUUCCUUUGAAAAUCGGUAAAAAGGCUUGAAAUUCUCCUUCUUUCUUGUUCAAUCACAAGAUUUGGGGCUUAGAAUUCUCUCUCUCAACCCAGAAAUUUUCGGAUUUGCGCUGCUCUUCCCCCCCUGUCCACCGGUGCUGCUAGACACGAAAUUCUUGGCUUUUUCGGCCCGUGAGUCCCCUACAGAAUUUGCCGCCGGCUUCUUCCCUCCGCCAGGUCCGGUUCUGCAGUUGGCUGGAAAUUCUGGAAACGAAACCGAGGACGGGGAAACCAAGGGGAGUGACGAGGUAGAAGGCUAGCCAUUCUAAUUGGAUAUGAAAUUUUAGAUUUUAUCAUCCUUUUGUAAGGUAGAUUUUAUUCUUGAGAUUUUGUAAUUUGAGUAAGUUUCGAGCCUUGUGCACUUGUGGGACCCGUCUCACGAGUGCACGGCGUCUGCCACGUCCCCGAAUUUGGGUUUUGGGCCGUGAUAGAUUAAGUGGUAUCGGAGCUUAGGUUUAAUUAAGAUUUUGUGAUGUCAGAGCCUAGGUUAAUUAAAUACCUAGGAUCUAUUUUGAACUUGGCUAGCCAAUGGAUUUUAGAACCAUGAUGAGACGAGUGAUGGGGUUAUACAAGGGAUGAUUCUGAUUUACAUUGCUUGAAUUUUCUGAUUCACUUUGAUGAGAUAGCAAUUCAGUUAGCACCUGUUAUCUACCGAUAGUGAGAAGUUUUGAAAUUAAUCUUGCUCACUAUACACUUAGGAACUUGUUUGGAACUUGGUCCCUUGUGAUAGUAUGCUUGAUUUUGGUUGUGCCAGGAUGUAUAAGGCCAUCCACAUUAGACGCGCGGCCUGCUCUUCUUCUUCUGCUCCCCGACCAGCCCCCCCUAAGCGACCGACUUCCUCUUCCUUUGAAAACCGGUAAAAAGGCUUGAAAUUCUCCUUCUUUCUUGUUCAAUCACAAGAUUUGGGGCUUAGAAUUCUCUCUCUCAACCCAGAAAUUUUCGAAUCUGCACUGCUCUUCCUCCCUUGUCCACCGAUGCUGCUAGGCACGAAAUUCUUGGCUUUUUUGGCCUGUGAGUACCCUGCAGAAUUUGCCGCCGGCUUCUUCCCUCCGCCAGGUCCGGUUCUGCAGUUGGCUGGAAAUUCUGGUAUGUUGACAGCCCCAUUAAGUCUGAAAUUACCCAUUUAAUUGUUGGGUUUUGUCCAUUAAGUGCUGCCCUGUGCUUGCCCGAAUUUUGCUAAAAUGGGGGAGGAAUUCCGGUAGCAUUUAGUAGCAUUUUAAAUGUGUUUUUGUGCUUGGUUUAUGUAGGAAUUUUGUUAAUUAGGCUAUUGUGAUGUUUUGGAGAGAAAAUCCUGUGUGUGUGAGUUGUGGUUUGCCAAAGCCAUGCUCUCCAUGUGUUGCCCGUGAGAAAUGGGGAAAUUUUGGUAGCUUAAGCUAUGUUUUUAAGGCUUGGUUUAAGUGUAAAUUAGCUUGAAUUGGGUUGUUGUGAUUUUGGAGAAAAAUCCCGUGAGAUUAGUUUUUGUUUUGCUGUUUAAGUACCAUUUUGGUCCCUAACUUUUUAUUUUGGUAUUAAAAUUGUCUCUCAAGU